AUGGUUGAAGAGAAUGGAAUGAAAACCAAAAUCUACAAUACGACAAAUACACCUCCCACGGCGCCACAGCAUCGCAUUGGGUUGCGUCCCAUCGCGCCACAGGACGGUGAUCCAAACCUGACGAACUCUCGAUUGCUGGUGAACCGGAGACGCAUAUAUGAGAGACACCUACCAGGUGAUGCUUAUAUAUCAGCAAAUGUGGAACGUCUGCAGCAUGGCUACUUCUCCAGCUCGAUCAUUUCGGAGGCGGAUAUCGACUUCGUUGAUUUCCUAGCUGUGAACUUUGUAUUCCACCCGUCCGACUCCAAGUCGCAUCGAUUUAAAGCUGCCACAGUCACAGCCAGUAUUGAACAUCAUCCGCGAGAUAUUAUGAAUGAUGGUCGUCAUUUGCGCGAAAACCCACGUUUCUUGAUGUACGCGCCCCAUCUGAUUUACGGUGCCGUUUCUCCAGAGACACUUCAAUGGAAUUUCAACUUGGCUAGCUCUUUUGGUAUCACCAAUGCCCCAGUGACUGCCUUGUUGAGCCCAUCUGGGGGCCUGAAAGCACAGUACAAACUGUAUGAAAUGAUGAAGAUCCAGGGGUCGUUGCGCACUUUGGACAGCCCUGACAAUCAGGAAUAUCAUGUCAACGAUGGGAAGAUCGUUUGGUCGCUGACCGAGAACGCGUUGCAGCGGUCAGGCCUUCCGAGGGAGUUCACUUUUGUGAUGCUGAUCCAGAAACCUCACUUGGACAGUAGACUCAAAUUCUCUCUUGAGAUAGAGCCGGUCAUAGACGCGUGGUUUGGUAACUAUCCUACCUGGUGGUUGGAUUUACGCCGAUAUCAACGACUCACGAAACGAUUGAUCAACUUCCGUCAUGAAGUUGGUCAGAAAUUCGAACCAAUACAGUCCCGCAGAGGGUUCAAUUUCGCUACAUUAGCUUCAUCUUUAGAAGACUAUGUCGUAAUGCCUGGCAGUACAUAUUCGUCCCAGGUAUCCCCAGAUGGCGUCGUCGAUGACUCAACAGCAUCUGGCACGGGGAAACGUAUGGGUGGUGGAUCCAACUCUCAAGCUACCAUGCCUCCUGGUUCCGGUUCACGCUACAUUAACCGAAAUAUACCGCCGGUCGGGAAGCAUUUUGGAGGUCUCCCUCUGGCAGCAGAAAGCAUUCGUUACAUGGGCCAGGCCCUUGCCUUAUCAAACCCCUCAAGUAGCAUGUUGAACAUACGAGUCCUCCUGGAGAAUCGACACUCGCCUCUGUCUGCUCUUCACGCUGAAAAGCAACAGCGCUCAUCGGCCGCUCCUGUUGCGAGGGAGAGAACCAUCCGACGCUCACCGUCUCGGGAACAAUUAAAACAGGGAGGCAACCUAGAACGAAAUUCAGACAGACAGCAGGAUACGAUGUCAACUAUAAGCAGGAAACCUCCCUUUGCGAAUAUUAAGCAUUAUUCUUAUCAUCGUUUCUAG